AUGAGUAGUGGCUCAGAUAUCGACCAAAGCAACCCUGAGUCUGAAACUUGGUCGCUUGACCCUGUUUACAGAACAACGAUCGAGAUCAAUGGACGGCUGUACCAGCAAUGGGCUCUGGAGAAUGGGACGUCUUUCUCCCCCGUCGAUGAGGAUGAGAGGGAAAGGCUUGAUAGAGUGCAUAACGUAUUCAAGCUCGUUUUCGACAAUAGAUUAAUAUUUCCACCCGUCAACAACCCUCAGAAAAUUUUGGACUGUGGUUUUGGUUCUGCUGCAUGGGCAGUGGAGGCCGCUGAAAGAUAUCCGAAUUGUGAAGUUAUCGGUGUUGACAUUAGCCCACAUAUGAUGCCAGAAGAAACGCCUACAAAUUUGUGGCUUCAAAUCGAUGAUUUGAAUCAACCUUUCACAUUCCAAACAAACGAGUUUGACUUUAUCCAAUCCCGAGAGGUUAUGGGUGGUAUCAAAAAGGAUCGAUGGUCAUCAUAUGUUAAGGACUGUGUUCGUAUCCUGAAGCCAGGGGGGUGGUUACAGCUCGUUGAAAUUUAUCCCAUGAUCCAGUCUGACAACGGUAUGAUCGACGACAAUCACAUCCUUCGUCAGGUCAGCAAGAAUUACUUCAGCUCCAUCGAAGAUACCAAGGAUCCGCGAGCUCCUUUGAAGCUGGAUUCCAUGAUGAGGGAAGCGGGGUUAGUUGAGCUGGGAAGCAGAAUGGUUCAAUUGCAUUUAAAUGGAUGGUCAAAUGUCGAGCGUGAUCGCCUGAUUGGCGAGAAAUAUGGCGAGGUCUUCAAGGACUGUAUUGAAGGUCUACUUCAAAUCCCAUUCAAGGAUAAAUUUGGAAUGUCCAUAAAUGAAGUUAGGGUCAUGGCCGCGCGAUUUCGACAGGAGGUGGAUAACAAGAGCCUCAAACCAUAUUUUGGACUGUAA